CAAUAUACGGUAAAAGUGAAAAAAAAAGUUUUUAACUUGUGUUGCAUUGUGGGUAAAAUAUCAAUCAGUCAAUAAUUUUUGCAAUAUUAGAUCUACUGAAAUGCUGAGGAUUUUAUCCAUUUUACACUCUUCAGGGUGUUAUUGACCUAACAUUUACACACGGACGUACGUCUUAAUAUCCGUUGAAGAUGUUGGACCCAUCAUCUAGCGAGGAGGAGUCUGAUACCGAAGUUGAUGUGGAUGAGAACUCUGACAUUCUCAGCUUGCCAAGUGUUGAUCAGAGAAGUCUGUCUGCUAGUGGGGACAAUCUCAGUUUGACAGGCACACAUUCACGCUCCAGUAGCGGGGUUCGACCAGCUAGUCCGAGUCCAUCUCUUGUAAGUGAACGGGAUAAAGAGGACCUUGAAAGGGUUGAACAAGAGGAAGAAAACCGCAAGAAACGUUUGCAAUUGUAUGUUUUUGUAAUGCGAUGUAUUGCUUAUCCUUUCAAUGCCAAACAACCAACAGAUAUGGCAAGACGCCAAACAAAAGUUACCAAGGAACAAUUAAAGACAACGAAGGACCGAUUCCAUUCGUUUUUAAAUGGAGAGACGAACAUUGCCGCUGAUGAGGCAUUUACCAAUGCAGUUCAGAGUUAUUAUGAAGUGUUUCUGAAAAGUGAUCGUGUUUCCAAUAUGGUGCGAAGCGGAGGAUGUUCAGUAAAUGAUUUCCGUGAAGUAUUUAAGAACAAUAUAGAAAAACGUGUGAGAAGUUUACCUGAAAUUGACGGACUCAGUAAAGAAACUGUACUAAGUUCCUGGAUGGCAAAAUUUGAUCAAAUAUAUCGGGGAGAUGAUGAUCCUAGAAGAUUGAGAAUGUCAACAGCAGCAUCAGAGCUGAUUCUUAGUAAGGAGCAACUGUACGACAUGUUCCAGAAUAUUCUAGUCGUUAAAAAAUAUGAGCAUCAAAUCCUGUUCAAUGCCUGUCAGUUGGAUAAUGCAGAUGAACAGGCUGUACAGGUUAGAAGAGAACUUGAUGGGAGAUUGGCUUUUGCUGAGCAGAUGUUUAGGGCUAGGAAAUACCCCAAGUUUAUGAUAAAGGAGAUGGAAAGUAUGCAUAUAGAUGAAUUAAAGUCAUCUAUCAAUCUCCUCAUGGGAAACCUUGAGUCAUUACCAGUCUCCAAAGGCAGCCAGGACUCCAAAUACUCACUACAGAAAUUAAAACGAUACAAUAGGCCACACAAUGCUAACAUGAACAAGAUGGAUGUUGCAGAAGACAGUGAGCCUGGCCUAUCAAAACUGGAUGUUGUCUUGUCAUUCACUUUAGAAGUUGUUGUUAUGGAAGUCCGUGGGUUGAAGUUUCUUCAGCCUAACAAGAUUGUUUACUGUACCAUGGAAGUAGAAGGAGGGGAUAAAUUACAAACUGACCAGGCUGAAGCAGGAAAACCAACAUGGGACACACAGGGUGAUUUUACUACCACCCACCCUCUGCCAAUAGUGAAGGUGAAACUAUACACAGAAAGUUCUGGCGUUCUCAGCUUAGAAGACAAAGAAUUGGGAAAGGUUAUUAUUCACCCCACAUCAAACAGUUCCAAGAUGCCAGAGUGGUACGCUUUACAGAAAACCAAAAAUUGUCCAGACAUCCUCAAAAUUAAGAUAGUUGUGCGAAUGGACAAACCUCAAAACAUGAAGCAUUCUGGGUAUCUUUAUGCCCUUGGAAAAGGAGUGUGGAAAAAAUGGAAGAAGCGUUACUUUGUCUUGGUUCAGGUAUCCCAAUAUACAUUUGCCAUGUGUAGCUACAGAGAGAAGAAACCAGACCCUACUGAGAUGAUGCAAUUAGAUGGUUAUACAGUGGACUAUUGUGACCCAAUAGCAGAUGUUGAGGGUGGGCGACAUUUCUUCAAUGUUGUUAAAGAGGGCGAUAGUGUGAUGUUUGCCACGGAUGAUGAGAAUGAACGCCAGCUAUGGGUACAGGCUGUUGUGAGAGCCACGGGGCAGUCCCAUAAACCAACACCCCCACAAGUGCAGCAGCCUAAUAGGAUCAGCAACACACAGAUAUCAAGGAUGCAAGGAGAUGCUGAUCGUGCCAGAAAGCAUGGGUUGGAUGAGUUCGUCCUUGCCAACCCUUGUAAAUUUGACCAUGCUGACCUGUUCAAGUUGCUACAGAGCAGAACACUUGAUUACAGGCUCAGUGAUGCCUAUACUUGUCUGGGUUGGUUCAGUCCAGGACAGGUAUUUGUACUGGAUGAGUAUUGUGCCAGAUACGGAGUGAGGGGUUGCCACCGCCAUCUAUGUUAUCUGAGUGAUCUACUUGAUAGGGCGGAGCAGGGCAUCAUGAUUGACCCCACCCUCAUACACUACAGCUAUGCAUUCUGUGCGUCACAUGUACAUGGAAACAAACCUGAUGGUAUUGGAACAGUUACAGUUGUUGAAAAACGCUGUUUUGACCAGAUUAAAGAAAGACUUUGCAUACUUCUUCAAAACCAAAUUACCAAUUUCAGAUACUGCUUCCCAUUUGGCCGGCCUGAGGGUGCCCUGAAAGCCACUGUCUCCCUCCUUGAACGGGUGCUUAUGAAAGACAUAGUGACGCCAGUGCCACCAGAGGAAGUUCGCCACGUCAUGAAGAAAUGUCUCGAGAAUGCAGCAUUGGUCAACUAUCAGAGAGUCUCAGAGUACGCCAGAAUAGAAGAUUCCUACGAUGAUGGAUCCCCGUCAAAACGCUUAGAGGCAAUUAUCCGACUUGCCGAACUUUGUAUCGAAGUAUUACAACAAAAUGAUGAACAUCAUGCUGAGGCAUUUUUGGCGAAAGCGAAGUCAUUUGCAUGGUUCAGUGAACUGCUAGUGGAGCACGCAGAAAUCUUUUGGUCUUUAUUCGCUGUUGAUAUGGAUGCCGUUUUGGAGAUGCAACCACCAGAUACAUGGGAUAGUUUCCCACUUUUCCAAAUGCUGAAUGAUUACUUAAGAAACGAUGAUAACCUUCGAGAUGGGAAAUUCCAUAUGCAUCUACGGGAUGUAUUUGCUCCCCAAGUUGUGAGAUACGUUGACCUUAUGGAAUCCAGUAUUGCACAGUCCAUACACAAGGGCUUUGAGAAAGAACGCUGGGAACCCCAAGGGUCAGGAUGUGCCACAUCAGAAGACAUGCUAUGGAAAUUAGAUGCCCUCCAGUCAUUCAUCCGUGACCUCCACUGGCCCGAUGAGGUGUUUGCUGAGCAUCUUGAUCACAGAUUAAAACUCAUGGCAUCCGAUAUGAUUGAAGCUGCAGCCAAAAGGACGCUGAAAUCAUUUGAAGCAUUGCUAAAGAGGGGAGGAAAGGGUACAGACUACGUCAUUCCAACUGAAGUUGCCGUCAUGGUUAACGUCAUCAUAGACUUCAAAAAUCAGGCCAUGAAGUUAUGCGCACUGGAGGGAGGCGAAGAUAUGCAUGAAUAUCACACUAAGAAUGACGAGUUCCUGGAGAACAUUCAAAAGGAGAUGCAAAAAAGUUUAAUUGAAAAACUCCUAAGUGUGUUAGAAGGAGGUCUGUCAAAACUACAGCGCUAUGACGAGGGGUCGUUCUUUUCUUCCAUACUUACACUGACAAAACCUACUGAUGAGCUGGGGAAACAAUAUGUUGAGUUUAUGCGUUAUAACUUAGACCAGCUCCGACAAAAGAUAAGUGAUGAACUCUACACUCUUACAAUAUUUGAGGACUGGUACAAUGGUCAGAUGAAGAUGAUCUGUGAUUGGCUGACCAACAGACUGGAUUCCUCACUUCAUCCCUACCAGCUCACCUGUCUCUUGAACAUAAAUAGGAAACUGUAUAGCGACUUUGAGCUGCAAGGUGUCAGUGAAUCAUUCCUUGACAGCAAAACACAUAAAACAGUCACCAGUAGACUUCAGGUGGAGGAAGCUACUAGAUCAGUAUCAGCCAGUUGUGAGGCCAGUAGUUCAAUGGGCAGCAGAACCAGCAAGUUUCUUAGCAAUCCAGCCAAAGGUUUUCUCAGUAAUGGACUAUUAGGCAUCGGGGAUGACUCCGAAUAGCAACUUUCCUGGCAGCUUAGUUAAAUAUUUUCUUAGUUAUGGACUAAUCAGACUUGGGAGAUUUACUCUACCCAAGCAACCUAGAAAAAUAUUUUCUGUGUUAUGUUAU